AUGUGGCCUUCCAGCCCCCAGCAUCCUGGCCACUGCUUGCUCCUGGGGUGCACACACUCCCCUUCUCUUCUUUGUAAAGCUCUCUCGCUCUCGUUUGCUUUUCAGCUGGCGGGGUCGGCUGUCAUUGCCUUUGGACUAUGGUUUCGUUUCGGAGGUACCACGAUGGAUUUCUCAUCAGGGGACAAGUCCCCAGAGUGGGACUUCUAUGUGGGGCUCUACGUGCUGGUCGGAGCAGGGGCCCUGAUGAUGGUCAUGGGCUUCUUCGGGUGCUGCGGAGCCAUGCGGGAGUCACAGUGUGUGCUCGGAUCUUUUUUCACCUGCCUGCUGGUGAUAUUUGCUGCUGAAGUAACCACUGGCAUGUUUGCUUUCAUAGGCAAGGAUGUAGCUAUUCGACAUGUUCAGACCAUGUAUGAAGAGGCUUAUAACGAUUACCUGAAAGACAGGGGAAGGGGGAACGGGACUCUCAUCACCUUACACUCGGCAUUUCAGUGCUGUGGAAAAGGAAGCUCUGAACAGGUCCAACCCACAUGCCCAAAGGAGCUUCUGGAACACAAGAAUUGCAUUGAUGAAAUUGAGGCCAUAAUCAGUGUUAAGCUCCAGCUCAUCGGAAUUGUCGGUAUUGGAAUUGCGGGUUUCACGAUCUUCGGCAUGAUAUUCAGCAUGGUCCUUUGCUGCGCAAUACGAAACUCACGCGAUGUGAUAUGAAACUACUUCUACGUGAAAAGUGCAAUCUAGAGCUUUCAUAUAAACGUUGCAGGAGCUGUCUCCUGGCUCACUUUUAAUAUUCAAAGGACAUUAGGAUCUAAUAAUUUGCUGUCAAUUGUACAUUUGCACAUGUAUGUAUGCUUGGCUCAUUAGUGAUCUGCCCCUCGAGUGAAUGUCUAUGUAUGUUGGCUGAGAGCAUAUUCGUGUGUGAUCUGUGUUUCCGGUAUAUGCAUUAUACAGAAUGAAAUCGGUUUCCUAGGAAUUCCUGGUUCUUGUUAUACAGUGAGAGGAACGACCUACUUAACUCUCAGAAAAAGAUCAAAAACUUUGAGAAACUUUCAAAACUUGGCUAUUCAUAAAAAGUAAUAAUGGAUCGGUUUCUCAGAGUCUAGCCACAGAAAGUUAGGUACAGAAAGUCCAGGGAUUUCUAGUUAACAGAAGCAAUAAGCUAUGGGAAUGGAGAGAUCAUGGUGUAGUGUUAAAAUUGACUAUGUCUGAGGAGAGUGUAAGGGUUCCUGGGAUUUUUUAAUAUACAUACUCUCCCCAGAAUACAGUAAACCACAGUUUUAGAACUAAAUACAUCUGUAAAACUAAGUAUAGCAUGGAAAAUCUAAUUUGAAUAAGUCAUACUUUCCUAGUAUUUAAAAAAAAAAAAAAUGCCCUCUGGAAAGAGUGGUCA